GGUGCUGGGUGCAGCAACUCGAGGCGGCAGCUUCGCGUCCGGAGGAAGCUGCGGCGGCGGAGGACGGGGCCCAGAUCCAGGACAGAGCUUUUGGCACCAUGAACCCAGCCAUCGGCAUCGCCCUCCUGCUGGCAGUCUUGCAGGUGUCCCGAGGGCAGAAGGUGACCAGCCUAACAGCCUGCCUAGUGAACCAGAGCCUUCGUCUGGACUGCCGCUAUGAGAAUACCACCACUUUGCCUGUCCAGUAUGAGUUCAGCCUGACCCGUGAGAAAAAGAAGCACGUGCUGUUUGGUACUAUGGGGGUGCCUGAGCAUGCAUACCGCUCCCGGACCAACCUGACCAGCAAUUACAAAAUCAAGGUUCUCUACCUGGCCAACUUCUCCAACAAGGAUGAGGGGACCUACACAUGUGAAUUGCGCAUCUCUGGCCAGCAAUCUGCCCCCAACUAUAAGAAUGUCUCUGUGCUCAGAGACAAACUGGUCAAGUGUGAAGGCAUAAGCCUGCUGGCGCAGAAUACCUCGUGGCUGUUGCUGCUCCUGCUCUCGCUCUCCCUCCUCCAGGCCACAGAUUUCAUUUCCCUGUAACUGUAUGGGCCCAUGGAGGAUACAGGAAGCCGCAAGGCCCAAUGCAGAGAUCCGGCUUCUCUGAGUUGGCUGACCCCCUCCCCAGGCCCUCACACAUAUUGGGGAGUAAAAGCGACCCCACCCCCUAUGAGGAACCCCAGCGCUGCAUGCCAUCAUCUACCCACUUCCCCCUCUCCGCACACCACUGGCUGUCUUUUUGUACUCUGUUCCAGAGCUGCUUCUGUCUGUUUUAUUUAAGGGUUAUCCUUCCUUUUCUUUGGGAGUGUGUGACAAGAGAAGCUAGGAUAGGGAACUGGAUGGAGUGUGAGGGUACGUGAUGGGAGUGAGGGGGACCAGUCCCUGGGGCAUGAUCAUCCUUGCCCACCUGGACCAGAGGCCUGGGAGAGACCUGGGUAAGGAGGGAAUGGGUGUGUCUGGGCCUAACCUGGAUGGGCUGUGUGCUGAGACUUUUUCCAGCAGGCAGCGGGUAGCACCUUCAGACCCCAGGUGUGAGGGCUCCGUGAGCAUGUGUGACUCCUCACAUGAGGGUAACCUGAGCAUCUCCAGGAACAUGCUCAGUCACAGCAGAAAAAGUCCCUCUGGCUACGAUAGACGUUCCCUAGGGCCUUGAGCCAAGGGUGCUGCCCAUUGAAGAUGCAGAUUCAGUGGGGAGCAGCAGCACUAAUACAAGCUUGAGGGAGGGGUUAGAUAGUGAGAGUCCAUUGGCUCGCCUCACCUCAGGAAGCUGAAAAUGUGAGCCUGUUGUCCUCCGUUGUACCACCAGUUGAGAAGGUGAUGGAGGACAAUGGCCCCCAGCUGUCCCAAGCUCCCAAGAGCUCUGUCCCACAGGCUCAAAACUGAGGGGUUACCCAGAGCCCCACAGAGUUUGGACCAAGUUUCCAAGGGAGGCUCUUCAUUCCUUCCCCAUCACUGCUGGCUCUGCUGGCUGGGCCCCAAACCCCCAGACAGCCCCUGCCCCGCAGGCCUAUCUCCUCAGAGUUCUUGGGUGACCUGAGAUAGGCCCUGGAGUGACACCCCAGGGUGGCACACUCCUUGGGAAACGGCUUUUCCCAACACCCAGCUCCCCACCCGGUGGCUCUGCCCAUUGUGUGACCGUGUAUAGUGCCACCACAGCUUCUGGCAUCUCAUUGAGGAAAAAGAAAACUGCACAAUAAAACCAAACCUCUGGAAUCUGU